UUAACUGUAAUUAAAAGUAUUUUAAGUUGUAGUUUUAGAGGUAAACAUAUAUAAAAAUGCGGUUAAUUUCAGUCCUUAUCUUCUGCAUGGUAACAGGUUUUACCAUGGGAGUCAAUGUUGUUUGCCCAGUGAAACGCUACGUGGUCAUCCUGUUCCAGCCAGUCAUUCUGCGAUGUGAUUACACUACUACAGCCACAAUGGCUCCUCUGGUUCAAUGGAAGUACAAAUCUUUCUGCAGAGACCCCAUCCAGGCUGCCCUGAAUCCAGGCAGUGCAGAGAACACCCUGGCCCAGGCCAACCCCAAUUAUAACCCCAAUAUUGAGUGUUCAGACAGUAGCAGAACUGUACGAAUUAUCGCCUCUAAGCAGAAUUCAGUCACUCUGGGAACUGAAUACCAGGGUCGCAAGAUUAGCAUCGUUAACAAUGCCGAUCUCAACAUUGCCCAGACUGCAUGGGGUGAUAGCGGUGUGUAUGUCUGCAAUGUUGCUUCAUCACAGGACCUGUCAGGAAAUGGCGAGGACUAUACAGAGCUCAUUGUACUGGAUUGGUUGUUGGUGGUGUUGGUGGUGCUUGGAUUCCUUUUGCUGCUGCUCUUUAUUGGGAUCUGUUGGUGUCAGUGUUGUCCUCACACAUGUUGCUGUUAUGUGAGCUGCCCUUGUUGCCCAGAACGCUGCUGCUGCCCACGAGCUUUGUAUGAAGCAGGUAAAGCGGUAAAAGCGGGAGUUCCCAGUCAGUAUGCAGCCAGCAUGUAUGCUCCCAGUAUGUAUGGACAGCCAAUGUAUGUGGGAGGCCCUUCUCCUGCAAUCCCAUUGCUUCCAGUGCCUCAGGGUAUUGCCGCUCCCCCUUCUAACGGCUAUGGCAGGGAGUUUGAUACAGCCAGCUCAGUUGGCCAGGGGUCUCAGGUACCAUUGUUACGUGACCAUGACAGCGGAGCAGGCCAGACCCGUAGUGGGUACCGCAUCCAGGCUAACGAUGAUGGGAAUCCCACACGUCUGCUGUACUAUAUGGAGCGAGAAGUGGCCAACCUGGAUCCCAGUCACCCUGGAGGUGGACCAGGCAAAUACAGUCGCCUUGACACGAUGAGUGAGAUCAGUUCCCUUCAUGAUGGCGGAGAUCCUCGUAACCGUGGCCGCUCCAGACCCCCUCACCUGAACACAGUGUAUGAUGAUGAGAACAUGAGCACCAUAAGCAGUGUAUCGCAAAACACGAGGCGAGAUGACCCCAGAAGGGGAGGAGGACCCGGACCCAACCGACCUGGACGUGCUCGUUCUAUGGAUAACCUUGAUGAUAUUGGCCGAAAUUAUAGAGACCGUGACUGUCCCCCCCGGGACAGAGGCGGCAGAAGAGGCUCUGAUGAUGAAUGGAGCAGCAGCGCUCGGGGAUACGACCGUGUUGCAGAUGACCGUAGCACACGUGACUAUUCCCCUGAAGAUCGUUGGCGUGGUGACCCUCGGGCAGGCCUUCAGGGCCGACGCAGCCGUAGUCGUGAUGACUUGAUGGAUCUCGAACGUGGCGGCGGAGGCCGAGAUGCAUAUGAUGACAGUUUUUUGCGUGAGGCCAUGGAGAGAAAGAAAAUGGGCGAGCAGCAGAGAGCACGGAGCCGCGAGCGCCUUGACAGUGAUAGCGAGCGAUCCGAUCGCCAUAAGGGCCCACAUCGGGGGCCACCACCGCUUCCACUGACCCGACCUGCAGGCAACCCUGACCACCAUCGUUUCAAUAACUCUGGCCUCCCCCCUCCUCCAUCCUAUCUAGAGGAUACUGAGAGUUUAGCGUCAUCCAAGAAGAGCAAUCUCCGAAAGAACGGAGCAGUAAGUCGUGAGAGUUUGGUGGUGUAAAGCACGAGUACGUCGACAAAUCAGUUGCUAAAUGUCUUCAUUUUUUUAUAAGUGUAUAUAUUUGUGUCAGUUGCUGAAUGGUUAAUCAUGGGAAUGUGCAUGUGGAUGAUGGGAUUUGUGAGUGUGUCCCUACCUGCAUUUUUACUGUUUCAGUACAUUUAUACUUUUAUAUCUUUGUUUUUAAGGACUUAAAUGCCCAUCUGUUUAUGUAUAUUAUUAAUAAUUGUAAAUCAAUUGUAGUUAUACUCUGUUUUAAUAUCUUUCUAAUACUGAAAAUGUCUUUACAUAAGGCUUCCAAAUGAUGUCAAGUCUAACAUCAGAGCUUUAUCUUAUUCCAAAUAUGAAUUUUAAACAUAGCAUUCAUUUUUGGAUGCUUCAAUCACAUGUAAUUAAAUACAUUGUAUAGUGUGUUUUUUUUUUUUUUAUAUAGUAGCAGUGGUAGUAAAGGGUCUGUUUGGAUGUAGUUUAAUUCCAACCAAGCACAAACUUCACCUGAAACUAUUUUUUAUAAAUUAGUUUCAUCCUUUAAAUUAUUUACAUUAUUAAUUGACCUUAUAAGUUCUGGUUGUUCUGUCAGAAAUGUUACAAUGGAUAUAUUCAAUCAACCAAUCAUGGGUUGGUUUAAAAGGAACGACCAGGAUAGUUCUUUAUGAGCAAGGAUUGGUCAAGGCCUGACACUGCCAAAAUGUAUCAGCAAAUAAUACACCAGUUCAAAAACACUAUUGUUCAGUUGUAUCAGGUGUUUUUGUGUUUGGUUUGAAGAUCAGCAGCCAUGCCAGUCAUUUGUAAAUAAGAUUGGGCACUUUUGAUUUAAUGCAAUAAUAUUACAGUAAGAAUAAUGCAAUGUAAUGAUACUCUGAGAUGUUUAAAAAAUCAUUUUGUGCGUGGUCACAAAAACAAUGAGCCUGUUAAUCAGGGAUUUGUGUACAUUGCUUUUGUACAUUUUUUAAAUAAUGUGAUUUUUUUACAAUAAUGUCUUUUGUUAAUUCAUUAAUUAAUUUACAAUAAAAUGUUUAAUUGAAAUAAAAGUUGUUUUUUCUUUUUUUCCACUAGAUGGCAUUAAUCAUUUUUUAAAAUUAUUUUGCAAGUGAAGAGACAGCUUACAAUAGUCAUUGUGGUGACCCAAGCUUAUUGAGUUUUGCCUUCUAUCUACAAAGCUACAUUAGCUGACUGUUGUUUCCUUUUACAUUC